AUGAGUGGAAGUAAAAAAACAGUGUUCCUAUCCAUUUUAUUGAUAAUGGUAAUUAUUCUCUCAAUUUCUCAAAAUAUAAAUAGUGUUAGUGAUUCUGCAUUUGCUCCAACAGGAGAGAAAAGAAUGUUCCCAAAGCCAUUAACUUGUGUGGCAGAUGCAAGAAAAAUUCCGAACUGUGUCGAAUCAGUGAAGAAUUUCCAUUUCAAAAAUGUUACAAAAGAAUGUUGCAUAGUUUUACUCGGUAUUCCUGAAGAUUGUAUUGGCAUUUUGUUUCCUAGGCGUUUUGUUUAUCGUAUUAUGCUUAAAACUACAUGUAAGUUAUUAGGUAUCAUCAAGGUUUAG